CAACGGGCAUGCUCAGUAGGUCCACCUCGUAUGAUGCCUACGAUCGAGUCUAGAAUUCAAUUGGUGUCAGGUUACACAAUGCCACUCCUAGGAUUUGGCGUGUAUCAAAAUUACACCACCCGAACCUCAGUUCUUGAGGCGUUCCGAGCGGGCUUUAGACACGUGGAUUCAGCCCAGGCUUACCGCAAUGAAACGGCUGUUGGAGAAGCUGUCAGAGAUAGCGGCAUUGACCGAGGAGAACUUUUUAUUACGACAAAAUGUAUCAGCAAAAACCAUGGGUAUGAAAGCACGCUGAAGGGCAUUGAUGAAUCUCUUGCUAAAUUUGGCUUCGAAUACAUUGACUUAUUUCUCAUUCACGACCCGUAUUCCGGUACUCAGCGCCGCCUAGCCACAUACAGGGCCUUGCAAGAUGCCCGUAGUGCGGGAAAAAUACGAUCUAUUGGCGUUUCAAAUUACGGGAUAAAGCAUUUGGAAGAGAUUGCAGAUGCAAAAUAUGAUAUGCCUGUGGUGAACCAAAUUGAGCUUCACCCAUUUUGCCAGCAGCGGCCCAUAGUGGACUAUUGCCGUGAACACUCGAUCGUGAUCCAAGCCUACUGCCCGAUCAUGCGAGGGAAAAUGGAUCAUCCGACCAUUCAAACGAUAGCGCAGAAUCAUAGUCGCGAUGCAGCACAAGUGCUCCUUCGGUGGUCACUUCAAAAAGGGUUUGUUCCAUUGCCCAAAUCAGCAACACCAGAACGCAUCAGGUCAAACACUCAAUUGUAUGAUUUUGAACUCGGGUCCGAAGAGAUGGAGCAACUUGACGGACUCGACCGUGGAAAGGACGGGUCCAUCAGUUGGAACCCUGUUGAUGCUCCAUAAUUAUUAUUAUUAUUUCAAGGCGCGAGUUUUGCGUCAGUUCCCCGUUGAUUCAGACUGAAAGAGGCUUAUCGAUCAAAUCCACUUUGUCGC